AUGCUGAAAGCGGUUAACUGUACUCAAUAUCUUUCACGGAGGUGGAUUGGAUGCUCAAAAAUAUCGAGCAAGCUGGAAGACUACGAUGUUGUGAUCAACCCGAAUUCCCAACUAUUCGAGAAGUUCAUGAUUGAGCAUGGAUCCAAACGGAUGGAUUUCAAAGCGGAAGACUACAAUACAUGGAAGUCUUCAUGGGAAAACAAGUACCGACUUGGAUUGUUUUUCUUGAAAGGGACUGAAAAUCUUGUUUUCUCAUUUCACACAAUUCAAUACGAGUCUCGUGGAUUUCAACCAAAUUUUCGUCAUCUCGGAAUGGCUUGGAUUCCUGAAAAAUACAGAGGAAAGGAGAUUCUGAAAGUGGUUACAGACUAUUUGAUUGAAGAAGAAGACAUGAAAAAACAUAAUAUGUUGGCUUGUAAUGUUCAUUGGUCCCAGAACUUCUGGAAACAAGCGACCGGAAGAAGUGAUACAAGUUCAUGCACAUACUAUAUAUCCCAUUAUGACAUGCCUGAAUUUCGAAUUCCAGCGACUCCAAAGAUGACGGGAAAUGGUGUUGUUGUCAAGAGAGUAAACACAGAAAUAGUCAGUGAUGUUUUGAAAUAUGAUCGAGCAAUAUUUCCAUUCGAUCGAGAAAAAUGGAUGAAAUCACUAUUUCUCGACGGAAUCGGACGAAUUGCAUAUGAUUCGAAUGGAAGAGUUAUUGGUGUUGGAUGUCUUUCAAUUUAUCCAUCAGGAGAAUGUGUUAUUAGUCCAUUGUAUGCAGAUGACAAGACUGUUGCACAGUUGAUAUUCAGAAGUAUUCUGGAAGAAGUUUUGGAAAGAAAUGAUAAAUUGUGGAGAAUUCAAGUGAGAUCAAAUGAUCAAUGUAGAGAUAGUUUUGAAUGGAUCGAGCCGUUCUUAAAGUGUUCCGUCCGUCGAACGCAUCUUUCAAAUCUAUGCUAUUCCAUCUACCCACCGAGACAUUUCUUCAACUUUUCGAAAGUUUAUGUGAACGCUCACCCGACAAAUGGGCCUUGCUGA